UGCCAAAAAUUUUAACUACAGUCAGUGAUGUUUGUGUAGCAUCUUUUGGGCUUCCAGAUUAAAUGACAGAUUUCAUGAAAAAAGAGAAAAUAAAUGGUACUUUCUCUAUAGUCUAAUUCCCACACAUGCAAAAGUGGCUGUUUAAAUGUUUCUGGAGUCAAUAGUAGCUUUCUUAAUUUAAAAUAAAUAAAUAAAUCCAUAGCUGUUUUAUUCCAGGAAAUUACAAGGCUACUGUUAACUUCCACAGAAAUCUGACUUUUAUGCCUUGCCUUUUUUUUUUUUUUUUUCUUCCUAAUUUAAUCCUCAAACAAGAGUGGAGUAUAGAUUGGGGAAACGAGCCCUGCUGGAUCUCUUCCUCUGUUUUUUUUAAACUGUGGGACAGCUGGGGUUUCUUGAGCUCCCGUGUUUUCCACAAACCAGGAAGGAUAUUGAGUGAAUAUGUGUGGGUACCUGUCAAGUAUAUUUUCAGAGCAGCCUGAAUUUUCAAAAGCAUGUACUUGAUAAGCUUGUCUUGUGCACUCGUAAGGCUACUUUGUCAUGAGAGAGAACUGAAACAUCAAUCUGACCAGACUCUAGCUGUAGUUUUAACAGAAAUAAUUUCUAGUUCUUAGUCUCAUGGAAAGUUGCCGUAUAGUACAGUACAGUAUGGUCUUUGGAUCUGCCGACAAUUACAGGCCUUUUGAGUUUCCGCAGCAGCAAGAGAGUAGAUUUUUGAAGACGGAGAUAGUUUUUUACUGCUUAUCAAAACAGUGAAAUUGAUAAUACUAGUGCAACAGCAAAGGCAGCUACUGGCUGUGAGCCUGGGGGAGUGCUUGGCAAAGCACCCAAAUAGAGUUUGGAGGCAUUGUUCUCAUGGGAACAUAUUGCUCUCUCUAGUAGUCUUUUAAUACCUUGCCGUAGUCUAAAACACAUGGGUUUUUUUUAAAGAUCCUAUAUACGUAGGAAGGAUUCUGGAGGGUUUUUUUUCGCAUACAGAUAAUAUACAGGUGCACUGAAAUACAGUAUGAAAGAAUUGGUGGCCCCAGUUCACUUAAGUGUUGUCUGCCUUCAAGUUGACUUUCAUUUCCUUCCUUUGCCUCAUGCUAAUACCAUUUUAGAUGAAGUUUUUAAUGUAGCUCCCUUACCCAAAGGUGCCUGGCAAGUUUGGAUGAUUUGAGCCUCUGUGCUAAAAGGAGUUAAUGUGCUCUUUCACGUGUGGGGCCUGCUGUUUGAGACGUUUUCCUUUGUGGUCACUCCUGCUUCCAGUCGACCUGUCUUGAGGAUGCUGAGCAUUUAUCACAAAUGAUUUUUGAGUGAUUUGAUGACUAUCCUGUUGUUUCUCUGAUUUUGGUGAUAUUUCAAUUGAUGAUCUCCUCUGUAUUUGUGUUGCUCAAACAAAUACUUAAGAAAUGGGAUGCUAAUCAGAACAUGGUGAUGAGUUUCCGAGUCUCAGAUCUUCAGAUGUUGCUGGGUUUUGUUGGCAGGAGUAAGAGCGGACUUAAACAUGAACUAGUCACCAGAGCAUUGCAAUUGGUCCAAUUUGACUGCAGCCCUGAAGUUUUCAAGAAAAUUAAGGAGCUCUAUGAGACUCGCUAUGCCAAGAAGAGCUCUGAAGUCGCGCAGCCUCAGCCACAGCAGCACCGGUCUCCCGAGGCACUCUCCAUACAUUCAUCGUAUGACCGCGGGAGCACCGUUGCUCGGACUUCUAUCUCCACUACUAAUAUUGACUAUCCUGCUCUCUAUGGGAAAUACCUUAACGGACUGGGAAGGUUGCCACCCAAAGUUGCGAAGCCUGAAGUUCGGCUGGUGAAACUUCCCUUCUAUACAACCCUGGAUGAACUGCUGAAGCCAACAGAAUUAGUUCCACAGAAUAAUGAGAAGCUUCAGGAAAGUCCAUGCAUUUUUGCAUUAACACCAAGACAAGUGGAGUUGAUCAGAAAUUCCAGGGAGUUGCAACCCGGUGUGAAAUCGGUUCAGGUUGUGCUAAGAAUCUGUUACACAGACACUAGUUCUCCUCAGGAGGAUCAGUACCCUCCGAACAUUGCAGUGAAAGUGAAUCAUAGUUACUGCUCAGUGCCGGGCUACUAUCCAUCAAACAAACCUGGAGUGGAACCUAAAAGGCCCUGUCGUCCCAUCAACCUCACCCAUCUCAUGUACUUGUCUGCAGCGACCAAUCGCAUCACCGUUACCUGGGGGAAUUACGGGAAGAGCUAUUCUGUGGGGCUGUACUUAGUGCGGCAGAUGACCUCAGCAGAGCUGCUGCAGAGGUUGAAAACCAUUGGGAUCAAACAUCCAGAACUCUGCAAAGCACUUGUAAAAGAGAAGCUACGCUUGGAUCCAGACAGUGAAAUUGCCACUACAGGUGUUCGCGUCUCUCUUAUCUGUCCGCUAGUGAAGAUGCGGCUGUCUGUCCCGUGCCGGGCGGAGACCUGUGCACAUCUGCAGUGCUUUGAUGCAGUCUUCUACCUACAGAUGAAUGAGAAAAAGCCCACAUGGAUGUGCCCUGUGUGUGACAAACCAGCACCCUAUGACCAGCUCAUAAUUGAUGGGCUCCUGUCAAAGAUCCUGACAGAAUGUGAAGAUGCAGAUGAAAUAGAGUACCUGGUGGAUGGCUCCUGGUGUCCCAUCAGAGCUGAGAAAGAGCGGAGCUGCAGCCCUCAGUGUCCAAUAUUAGUUCUAGGUUCUUCAGAUGUGAACGGGCUGUUGCCCACUCCUAACGGUAACGGUGAGAAUGGCAAGGCCACUGCUGACGUUGUGGAUUUAACACUGGACAGCUCAUCAUCGGAGGAAGAGGAGGAAGAAGAUGAGGAGGAUGACGACGAUGAUGAGGGACCCCAACCAAAACGACGCUGCUCUUAUGAGAAAGGUUUAGUUUCUGCCUGCUGACUGCGGAAGCAGCUCUGAAUCUCAGAACGGACAGACUUGAAUACUCUGGUGCUUAUUAAACUGGAGGAGGGGGAGACUGUCUUCUCCCACCUCAUCUCCCUUCCUCCCUGAUCUCCUUUGACUUUCCUAUUCCAAAUUAAUCAUUAAAACAAGAGAAAAAGAAAAAAAGAGGAAAAAAAAAAAAAACCACCACAAAAGAAAAAUAAACCA